CAUGGCUCCAGUACACCUCUCCCUUCACGGACUAGAAAUCACAGCCACAGCUGAUCCUUUGACGCGAGAAGCCUUUUCACCUUUUGGCGAGGUUGUGCAGAAUCCACGACGCGAUGUGCACCCUUCCAGGUUCGCCGAUGCCGGGCCCCUACCGCACGAGGCUAUCUCAGCGAACCAGGGUACAGCCAUUAAAUAUCAGCAUGUGACGCGCAUGGCCAACAGCUACGACCACGCGCCUAGCGGUGUCCCCGGCGUCGCCGUCAUGAACAUGUUCGUGUGCGCUGCACGGAAGCUGCGCAGUCAUCCGCCUGCUCGGCCAGAGAGGACCUCGUCCUCGUCUACCUUCUUCGAAGUCAACAUCCUUGAGCGUCAUCCGUACACGACUCAGACGUUCACGCCGCUCAGCAUAUCCGGGCAUAGAGGAUCAAGAACUCAGAACAGCUACCUGGUCAUCGUUGCACCUAAUCUUGCGUCUGGCUCGGGACUGCAAGGUCAGCAGGGACGAGGCUCCUCGGUCCCAUCGCCGCCUGAUCUAUCGGGCCUAAGGGCUUUCAUUGCCACGAUUGACCAGGCUGUGACCUACGGUGCGGGCACAUGGCAUGCUCCAAUGGUCGCCCUGGGGCCUGAAGGAUCAGCGGUGGAUUUUGUUGUUACCCAGUUCGCAAAUGGUGUUGGGAACGAAGACUGCCAGGAGGUCUCGUUUGGCUCGUCUGAGGAUGGGUCGGCUUCUGUAUCCCUGAAGAACACAUCAUACAAUCACCUGUCGCUUUGCAGGCAAUUACUGAAUGAAAACGGCUGGCUGUCCAGAGUUACAGCAAAAUCCGGGGUUUUGGUCAACAUGAGUCCAGCGCUGGAGUCCACCGACGCCAAGAACAAGCUUGAGGACCUCUCAGGCGUCAAGAUCGAGCCCGGCGAAAACCCGUACAAUGCCUUGAUCAAGGCCUGUAACGAUGACCAGGCUGAGAUUCAAUCUCUAUACUCUACACAUCGAGUGACGAGGAAUGGCCAGCAGAAGGCCAAGUUCCUCUCCCAGGACUUCAAGGAGGUCCUCAUCGACCCUUUUCUCCUGAGGCUCGAGAACCCGACCCUGGAGCCCGGCUUCUCUGACCCAAGAAAUUGCCUGGUUUUCUGGGCACGGCCGCCGGACCAUGUGGUCAAGCUGGUUGCUCACCUCCAGGCCUUGCUGAAGAAAGCGGCUCCCAGUCUUUGGCUCAUGCCCACUCAUCGCGUGCAUCUGACCGCCCUUGAGGUGACACACAGCCGGACACCGCCCGAAGUGACGGCCCUAGUCAACAAGAUGCGUCCCACCCUGGCUGAUCUCACCAACAUUACUCUCACGCAUCGCUCGCGCCUUGUCAAGCCCAUGCUCUCCUAUGACCUCGCCGCCAUUGCAGUCUCGUUCCUCCCCGCGUCUGGGGAGCCCGUGGCCUCUCCUCCGCCCUGUGCCACGUCCGUCACUGGAGAACACGACGCCAAGCAUCACGGGACCAACGACGCCUACACGUACCAUCAUCUCCGCAGGGACCUGUUUGACCUCGCCAAGACGACGGGCGUGGACAUCGACUCGCGCUAUGUUGUCCCCAGCGCACACAUCACGCUGGGACGGUAUCUGACGCAGGAGGAUCAUGCGACCCCUGAGAUGCGGGAAGGCUGGGUGAGGACGAUUGACGAAAUCAAUGCUUGGCUGGAGAGAGAAGUCUGGGACCAAGUAGAUGGAGAGUUUGUCGGGGAGUGGAUGGUCGGCCAGGAGAGGGGAUUGGACGCAAGAUGCGGGAAACUCUGGUAUGGAGGUGGCAGGUCGCUCAUGCAAGGCGAGGGAUUCUAG